UAUUUACAUUGGAUUUUAAAAAUAGAUUUUUUUUGAAAUUGUGAUGAUUAUGCUAGUCGUUUGCUGAUGAAUGUAUUUAAAAAUUGUUAAUUUUUUCCAACAUCCAUUCAAAUGACCUUCCUCACCUCUAACUGAUAGUAGCGCGGCCUUGAAUUAAGUAACAACAUUGUACAUAAAACUUUAAUUUGAUUAUAAUCAGUCCAAAACGCCUAGUUUAUUGAAAAUAAUAUAAAAAUAUGGGUGAUAAGGAAAACAAAACCAUUCCUAACUAUGUGAAAUUCGCUUUUGGAGGAAGUGCAGGUAUGCUGGCAACAUGCUUCGUUCAGCCUCUCGAUCUGAUAAAAAACCGCAUGCAACUUGCUGGUCAAGGAGGAGCAAAAGAGCGCACGACCACAUUAACAGUGUUGAAAUCCAUCGUCAAGAAUGAGGGUGUUUUCACUUUGUACAACGGCCUGUCGGCCGGACUCAUGAGGCAAGCCACCUACACCACCACGAGGCUGGGUAUCUACACUUGGUUGUUUGAGAAUUUUUCCAAAGACGGCGUACCUCCUGGGUUCGCUACUAAAGCGGCGCUCGGCAUGGCGGCUGGAGUUUGUGGAGCUUUUGUUGGUACUCCCGCAGAAGUAGCUUUAAUUAGAAUGACAGCCGAUGGUAGACUCCCACUCAAUGAAAGAAGAAACUAUAAAAGUGUAUUCGAUGCAUUGUUAAGAAUCUACAGAGAAGAAGGACUCCUAACUUUAUGGCGAGGAGCCAUACCAACCAUGGGCAGAGCCAUGGUAGUCAACGCCGCUCAACUUGCUAGCUAUUCACAAGCCAAACAGUCGUUGGUGAAAACAGGGUAUUUCCAUGAAGGGAUUUUCCUUCAUUUCUUGGCCUCAAUGAUUUCGGGCCUUGUUACUACUACUGCCAGUAUGCCAGUGGAUAUUGCCAAAACUAGAAUCCAAAAUAUGAAGACCAUCGACGGUAAACCGGAAUUCAAAGGUCCCCUGGACGUCCUGGGUAAAAUCCUGAAAAACGAAGGGGUAUUCGCUUUAUGGAAGGGCUUCUUCCCUUACUACUUCCGUUUGGGACCGCACACUGUCUUGACGUUUAUUUUCUUGGAACAAAUGAACGGCAGCUACACUAAGCAUAUUUUAAAGCAAGAACCUAAAGCAACUUUAUAAGAAAAGGCAACAUUAUAAUUCAGGUGCAAAAUAUAAUGAUGUGGAUCUAAAUAGGAAUUUUAGAACUCAAAAUAAAGAUAAUUGCAGUUUAUUGAAAUAAUUUAUACAAAUUUGGGUUAGUAUAUACUUAGUUAUAAAAGAAGUUAUAUUUUUCCACUUUACAAUAUACAACAUUACAAGCUUCCACAUGUUUUAAAGAAUUUUCCAAAACUGGGGUCAAAUUUAAAAUCACAAAGUUAGUCUUUUCAUCUUGUUAGAAAGCUAAACAAUAAAGUUAAGGCAUUUAGUUAGUUUAGCACAGAAAAAGUGUAUUUCGAUGUGAAAUUUUUGUACCAAUAAGGAAGUUAUUGAACAUGUUUAUUUUUUUAUAAACUUGAUUGAAAUGAUCACAGUUUUUGAAAAAUCUUACUCAUAUUUUAUGUUGGUCAUCCAUAGUUAUUAUAAGUAGGUAUUUUAGGCAAGAACCAAAACCAAUUAUAUAUUAUACAAUAGUUAGUAACAGACAUUUAUUGUUAUAUUUUAUUAUAUUAUGUAUAUCUAAUUAUUAUUGUUAUGAUGCUGUGAUUUUUCUGCUAAUUUACAAAUUUUAUCAUCUAUUUUUGUUUGUUUCUUUCUAUAAUAAAUUAUUUUUUCUGUUGCAUAUUA